CGGGAAGUAACUCUAGUAGAUCAAGUGGUAACAUCGCGAGCAGGAUCAGUCAUGUUUGGGAUAGUUAGACAGUUAGAGAGAUUGUAAUUACUUGAUAUCAAGAGCAACCAUGGAUCCUCAUUCUGAUGCCCAGGAUGUGCCCCGGUGUGACCAUUGUGAGACCGCCAUAGUACACAGCUACUGUGACUUUUGUCAUGUCAACUUAUGCACGCCAUGUAUAGGCAAACACAUCUCAGAUGGAUAUGAUAAACAUAAAAUUGUCCUAUUCCAGGAAAGAGGAUCAACCCUUAUAUACCCAAAUUGUAAGACACAUCCACAUAAAAUUUGUGAAUCCCAGUGCAUGGAUUGUGACAAUAGUUUUGUUUGUUCUUCCUGCAUGGCUUCUGAACAACAUGGAAGACAUAAAUUUCAAGAAAUUACAGAGAUAUACAAUACUAACAAAGAUGUUAUAAGAAAUGAUAAAAAUGAGUUCGAAAAUAAAAUUUCCCCUGCAUAUGAAGAAAUUGUAGUGGACUUGGAAAAUCAGCUUGCAAACUUCGAUGGAAUAUAUGAGAAAUAUACCACAAACAUUUCCAAACAAGGGGAGAAAUGGCACAAAGAAAUCGACAUCAUCAUCACCGAGAUGAAAACUAAACUCUGCGACAUGAAAGUGUCACGCAGAAAAAUUUUACAGGAACACCUGGAUGAAAUCAAACAGAAACAGUCUCUGAUAAGUCAAACAUUAUUUGACUUGGGGGAGCUAGAGAAAUCUACGGAAGUAUCUCCUAUUGUUGAAUACAGCUCUAAGAUUAGUAAGUUCAGCUACAUUCCACCCAAAUUUCAACUAACUGUAUCUCCGCCAAUGUUCAUUCCAAACCCAAUAGACCAUAAAAAGCUAUAUCUUUUGUUUUAAAAGAUCACCCCGUUGUUUACUGCUAUAGAAGAGAAUAUCUUGUCAGGAAACCAAUCAAAUAAUUCAGCAACCGAAGCUACAAUACAGAGUAGAUCCAUUUAUGCAAAUCUUAACAGUGUUACCUGUCUUAAAGAAGACCAUAUAUGGACAAAAGGAAAGACUAAUUAAAUAAAAUGCUUCAAUAUUAAAUGUUCACUCUUCCAAACAAUCAAAAAAAAAUCAGGAAAUGGCCUUCUGAUAUAGCUAUAGACAGUGAUAAGCAUCUACUGACAACUAUGUAGACAUGACAACAUGGACAGUAAAUAGAGUGAAUAAUGAAGAGACAGAAGGAUUGGUGCCUUGACAGCUGUGUGUUACCUCUAUUGAUGAUCUUCUGGUUGCCAUGUACAAUAAUGAUUACACUCAAUCCAAAGUUGUUCGUUACUCGGGAUCUGCAGAGGAACAAACCAUUCAAUUUGAUGAAGUUAAACCUCUGUACUCAAGGAAUGCCAAUAUUUUAAAAUACAUCAAUGAGAACAGAAACCAUGACUUCUGUGUAGCUGACUGUGAGGCUGGCGCAGUAUUUGUGGUUAAUCAGGACAGGAAACUCAGAUGAAGAUACACCGGUCAUACCAAGAACAAACCAUUUCGAUCCAAUUGUAUAGCAACCGACAGUCAUAGUCGUAUCCUGACAGCAAACAGUGACAAACAUUGUUUCUCCUUAACAUUCAUAAGUUAACUGAAAUGGUCAAAAACACCCUUAGUUUAUGUGCGGACAAUAAUGACAAUCUGUUUGUGUGCGAGUUUCUUAAACGUAAUGUGAAGAAAAUCAUAUAUUUAAAGUAGACUUGUAAACCAAGCAAGUGAAUUUUGUCUGUGUAAGUAAUAGAGUUUUAUUUGUGGAAUUUUUG